AUGCAAAGAGCCAAAGCCGCUGGCGAGGAUAAGGUCUGCAAGAACAAAGACUGGUCGUCGGGUUUCCGCGAGGAGAGUCCCAUGGGCGCCUAUUAUGCCAACACGAAGAUCCAGAGGAUCGUCACGUACGACAACGAAAGAUCGUUUCGGAUGAAGCUAUGCAGGGGUAAGAAGCUGGUAACCGAGGCGAAGUACGGCUUCGCCGUCUACGACGCUAACUUGGACGACCCGGGCAACGUGUGCGGAGACGGCGCCUACUCGCGCGUGCGCUAUCUCAAGAAGCUCAUGCACUUCUUCAACAAGAAGUUCAACACCACCAGCGCCUACGAUGAGUGCAUGUGGCAGUAGAUCUCACUUUCUUCUACAGCA